UGAUUGACAAGUACAGGCAGUACAUACAUAGUCCCGGCCUGGUUCCGGCUUGUUUACGAAUUUGACAAAAUUUUGACAAUGUUUUUUGCUAUUUAGUCUGAAUGUAAUUCAGAAGUAAGGAUUAAUAUUAUAAUAUCUACUUUGUUUUGUAAAAUCUGUACGAAUAACGGACAGUAUAAUGGCUGAGACUACUGAGAAAAAUUCAACUUCAGUUUUCUUGUGGAAGGCUGCUAUCAGUACUGUUGACGUUCAUCCAGCUAUAACAGCCAAUCUUUUGCUAAGAUGCAAAAAAGCUGUGAACCUCACAAACGUUGGUGUAAAAUUUAGGAAGGUCAGUAAAUCCAACAUAUGUCAGAGUUGUGGUAAUCCAUGGAGUAUGGGGAAGUACAAAUUGGAAUUAAAGAAGACUUUCAAAACAGCAACAAUUCAGAAAGUCUUAAUUAAGUCAAAAAAUUCUAAGAAAAUAAGCCCUUUUAACAAACACAUUCUUGAGCGUUACUCUGAAAAUAAGUCCAACCUACUUAUUAAAUGUGGUAGCUGUUUCAAACAGACCGCCUUCCCAACACCUCUCCCUCCUAAGGAAGUCAAGUCAGUCAAACGAAUUCUUCUUCCAUCAGACAAUCAGGAAAAAAAGAAAUGUAAAAAGAAAAAACCUGCUGCUUUCAAUCAAAACAACCCCAGUAAACAACAGGAAAAGCUGCAAAAAAGCAAAACCCCUACUAAACCAACCAAGGUGACAAAACCAGGGAAAAAACAGCAAUUUUCUCGAAAUCAACUGAAGAACAUAUCCAAAACUAUUAGUACCAAUGCCUCUGUGAAAGGUUCUUUACAAUCUUUUCUCAGUUCAGUGAAGUGAAAUAAUAAAAUCAAUUUCCAAUCUUUCA